CACUUAACUAUCCAUCAAGGGAGAUAAGUGGAGUUCAUGGUUUGAGACCCAGAAGAACGGAGAAAUCCAGCAUUUAAUUUAGCUUUCAGUCUCAUGCCUGCCUUUCCUUGGUGCCCUUUUCCUUGUUUGUCCUAAACCUCUCUGAUUGCUGUCUUAACGUGCAGCCUGUUCAAGCAUGCCCACAAACGGAAUUAGCAGGGCUCUGAAGCUGCAGUUUGGCCUCAUCAACUAUGAGAACCGUUACUUGACAGCUGAGACCUUCGGCUUCAAGGUGAAUGCCUCGGGCAUCAGCAUGAAGAAGAAACAAAUCUGGACCUUAGAGCAGGACGAGCAAGAUGGUCAAGUUGUGUUCCUCCGCAGCCACCUGGGACGCUAUCUGGCUUCUGACAAAGAUGGAAAGAUCACAUGUGGAGCCGAAAAACCUGACCCUGAAUGCCGCUUCCUUAUCGUGCCCCAGUCUGAUGGUCGCUGGGCACUGCAAUCAGAGCCUUAUCUACGUUACUUUGGAGGCUCGGCUGACUAUCUGUCCUGUUUUGCCCAAGCCAUUGGGGAACAAGAGCUAUGGGCCGUUCAUUUGGCUUUACACCCACAGGCCAGCCUGCUCAGUGUGGCACGCAAGCGCUACGCCCAUCUGUCUGCCUCAGAUGGAGAGAUCUCAGUGGACAGCAAUAUUCCCUGGGGCGUGGACUCACUGGUCACCUUGGUAUACAUGGAAGGCAAAUACAGCCUGAAGACCUGUGACAGCCGUUUCCUCAGCAACGACGGCAAACUGGUGAAGGAGAACAACAACACAACCAGCUUCACACUGGAGCUGAAAUCUGGCAAGCUGGCCUUUAAGGACUGCGAUGGCAAAUAUCUGACACCUGUGGGCCCCACAGGAACCUUACGCUCCGGCCGAUGCUCCAAACCUGGAAAAGAUGAGCUGUUUGAUCUUGAAGAGAGUCAUCCACAAGUAGUUUUUCAAGCUGCCAAUAAAAGAUUUGUUUCUGUCAAACAAGGGGUGAGUAUUUCAGCCAAUCAGGAUGUGGAGACAGACAUGGAGACCUUCCAGAUGGAGAUAGAUAAGGAGAGCAAAAAGUCCAUGUUCAGAACCAAUGGUGGCUCCUAUUGGACUUUAGUGAGUCAUGGAGAGAUCCAGUCCACUGCCACAGAAGUAGAGGUCAACACAAUGUUUGACAUCGAGUGGCGAGGACAGAGGGUAGCCCUCAAAGCCAGCAAUGGAAAGUAUGUGUGCACAAAGAAGAAUGGGCAGCUCUCAGCGGUCAGCGAUACAGUGGGUGAUGAUGAAUUAUUUCUGAUGAAACUCAUCAACCGCCCAAUUCUGAUCCUUCGUGGCGAAAAUGGCUUUGUGUGUCACCACAAAAACUCCAACACUCUGGAUGCGAAUCGAUCCAUCUAUGACAUUUUCUCACUGAUCUUCAAUGAUGGCGCCUACAAUAUAAAAAGUGCGAAUGGAAAGUUCUGGUUCGUCUCAAGCAGUGGCCUGGUCUGCUCAGACGGAGAAAAAUCCGAGGACUUUUUCCUCGAGUUCCUGGAGCACGGACGCAUCGCCAUCAAGGGCUCCAAUGGGAAAUACCUUCGCGGAGACCAGGGUGGCACGCUUAUGGGUGAUGGCGCAUCUGUCGACUCAUCUUCUCUCUGGGAGUACUGAUGUUUUCAGACCCCGUCCUCAAAGAGGGCCUAAGAUCCAGGUGCAAGACCCGCUUUCAUAAGGUGAAAUGAAGCAGACUGAAAGAACAAUCUGCCUGUUUUUAUACUAGGUACCCAAUUCCAAGUUUUUGCUGUUUUUUGAUGUUUUUUAAUUGGAAACACUUUAGAAGCUAUGUGGGUCUUUUCUUGUAAAGGUUAGAUGUUUUGUCUUUCAAAUAACAAAUGCCAACAUCAAAUGACACACACUGUGUGUAAAUUUGUAAUCUCUUAAAUGGACAGCAAGAGUGGGAACAUACUGUUUAACAGGCAUAAAUUAGCAACCAAAUGCACUUGUCAGUAAAUAAGCAUAGAGAAAUAAGUUGAUACUACCCAGCACGACUCUCUGGCCCUGCUAUUACUUUCACAUAUUUUCUUCUUAGUUAAUACAGAAAACAGGUUCAUAAAUACAGGAAGAACUUCAGUCUCUUUUCUUGCUGGCACACUAGCUAAAAACAAUGCGUAGUAUAUUCUGCAAAAUAUAAAUGAAAUAAACGAAGAAAAGAUCAGAUCCUUGGCAGAGAAGAAGACAAAUUCUGACUAACAUUCACAGACAAACUGAAAAUGAGAAAAAUAAAGAAUAAUAACAAAAAAGUGUGGCAUCAUUUUUUUUUUAUUUAUUUAUUUUUUUUAACAAGAUAUAAGUAUGGUCAUUUACAGAAACAGAUUUAACUUCAUUUUGUGCAGAAGCUAGACUGCUAGGCAGCUAUAUUCACUUAUACAACCAAUCAACAUCCGUUUUGAGCUUCCAAAUGAUUUCAUGGCUUGGACAUGUCCUAUAAAGAGCAACGUGUUCA